CCCUGUCCCGGGCGCGCGCCGCGGGCCGCAGUCGUCGCCGCUUCCGAGAGCAGCUCCGCCAGCACAGACCGCGCCCGCCAUGAGGGAGAUCGUGCACAUCCAGGCGGGCCAGUGCGGGAACCAGAUCGGCACCAAGUUUUGGGAAGUGAUCAGCGACGAACAUGGGAUUGACCCGGCCGGAGGCUACGUGGGUGACUCGGCGCUGCAACUGGAGAGAAUCAACGUCUACUACAAUGAGUCAUCCUCUCAGAAAUACGUGCCCAGGGCCGCCCUGGUGGACUUGGAGCCUGGCACCAUGGACAGUGUGAGGUCCGGACCCUUUGGGCAGCUCUUCCGGCCUGAUAACUUCAUCUUCGGACAGACGGGCGCCGGCAACAACUGGGCCAAGGGCCACUACACCGAGGGCGCGGAGCUGGUGGACGCGGUCCUGGACGUGGUGCGCAAGGAGUGUGAGAACUGCGACUGCCUGCAGGGCUUCCAGCUGACGCACUCGCUGGGCGGCGGCACGGGCUCGGGCAUGGGCACGCUGCUCAUCAGCAAGAUCCGCGAGGAGUACCCCGACCGCAUCAUGAACACCUUCAGCGUCAUGCCGUCGCCCAAGGUGUCGGACACGGUGGUGGAGCCCUACAACGCCACGCUGUCGGUGCACCAGCUGGUGGAGAACACCGACGAGACCUACUGCAUCGACAACGAGGCGCUCUACGACAUCUGCUUCCGCACCCUCAAGCUGACCACGCCCACCUACGGGGACCUCAACCACCUGGUCUCGGCCACCAUGAGCGGGGUCACCACCUCGCUGCGCUUCCCGGGCCAGCUCAACGCCGACCUGCGCAAGCUGGCCGUGAACAUGGUGCCCUUCCCGCGCCUGCACUUCUUCAUGCCCGGCUUCGCGCCGCUGACCGCCCGGGGCAGCCAGCAGUACCGCGCGCUGACGGUGCCCGAGCUCACCCAGCAGAUGUUCGACGCCAAGAACAUGAUGGCCGCCUGCGACCCGCGCCACGGCCGCUAUUUGACAGUGGCCACCGUCUUCCGCGGCCCCAUGUCCAUGAAGGAGGUGGACGAGCAGAUGCUGGCCAUCCAGAACAAGAACAGCAGCUACUUCGUGGAGUGGAUCCCCAACAACGUCAAGGUGGCCGUGUGCGACAUCCCGCCGCGCGGCCUGAAGAUGGCCUCCACCUUCAUCGGCAACAGCACGGCCAUCCAGGAGCUGUUCAAGCGCAUCUCCGAGCAGUUCUCAGCCAUGUUCCGCCGCAAGGCGUUCCUGCACUGGUUUACGGGCGAGGGCAUGGACGAGAUGGAGUUCACCGAGGCCGAGAGCAACAUGAACGACCUGGUGUCCGAGUACCAGCAGUACCAGGACGCCACUGUCCACGACGGAGAGGAAGCUUUCGAAGAUGACGAAGAGGAGGUCAAUGAAUAAAGGCGCCGCCCCGCCCCACUGCUGCGAUAGUGCACGUGUUCUUCCCUUCUUCACCCUGGUGCCCUUGUCUCAUGGCUGUGGAGUGGUGGGCUCCUGAGAUGUCCCCGCAGGUCCCUGGCCAGUGCAGAGCUGGUAGGUCAGCCGGGAUCAAUAGCAGGGAAUGGUCAUCUUACCCACUGGGAUCAGCUUAGGGAGAUUCUGUGCUGGAGAAUUCCAAAGAAACAACUAAGGGGCCAUGAAGGGCUAAUGGGAAAAAACCUCACCUUCUGCUAGGCGCCCAGCCCCCUCUGAGGACUAGCAGGGGGUUUAGAAACAGGGUGUUUUCAUCUUUGUGAUGAAACUGAAGCUGUGCAGUGUUGCCUUGUCUGAAUAUGCAGUAUGGAACUUUGAAACCCUCUAUUCUUAAUAAAACCUAAACGUGUUCCCUUGUG